GCGGAGACUUCCCUGAGGCGCGAGCCCGGAGGACUUGACUUCCUCAGGCAUGAGGCCCGGUCCGACGGUCCCCAGCCUCCUUGUGGCUCAGCCUCUCGGGCCGGAGCCCAGGGGCGAGUGCACGCAUGUCCCUCGGAGCUGGGCCCGGUGACUCCUGUGGCAGCCUCCGCUUCCUCCUCUGCCUCCUCUAGAAGUUCAGUUAGAAGAGAAGAUAAAAGGCUUUGAUUCAUGAAGAAUCUGCUCAUUAAGAAGUGUAUAUCAAGCCACUGGUCGAAUUUCCGUCGAAAACAGAGUAAGCUGAGAAUGGAGAGGAAGGUUGACUCCAGGUCUCUUAGAGAUGGUGUAGUUAAGAAACUUUAUUCUCCAAAGAUACUGUCCAACAAGAAGUCUUCUGCCUUGUCUGGGAUCCGGAGUGCGAUACCUCGUUCCAGUCCCCCAGUGCAGCAUCAUGCUCGGACUCAAAGGGGUCGAUUAAGAGAAUUGCGCAUCAGAUGUGUGGCCAGGAAGUUCUUGUAUUUGUGGAUUCGAAAAACCUUUGGAAGAGUAUUUCCCUUUAAAGCCAGGUUUUACUAUAAGCAAAGGAUACUACGGAAGGUCUUUGAAGAAUGGAAAGAAGAGUGGUGGGUUUUCCAUCGAGAGUGGAAACUCUGUGUUCGAGCUGACUGUUACUACAGAUAUUACUUGUACAACCUGAUGUUUCAGACCUGGAAGGCCUACGUGCAUCAGCAGCAGGACAUGAGGAACAAGUGCAUGAGGGCUGAGGAUUAUGAUGCAAAGCAAAAGAUGCGACAGGCCUGGAAGUCCUGGUUGGUCUACGUGGUUUUUCGAAGGACCAAACUUCAGAUGCAGACCACCGCCCUGGAGUUUAGGCAGCGGAGUAUUUUGCGGAUGUGGUGGAGCGAGUGGAGGCGGCAACUGGGACAGGUCCGUGUGGGACAUGCUCUCUAUGCCUCAGCUGUGAAGCACAGGGCCCUGAGCCUCCAGCUGCAGGCUUGGUCACGGUGGCUGGAACGGCUCCUGCAUGUACAGAGGGAGAGACAGAAGGUGGUCUCCGCAGUGAAACACCACCAGCACUGGCAAAAGUGGAGAUCCCUGAAGGCCUGGCUUGAAUACCUGCAGGUCCAGAGGGUAAAGCGACAGCAGAAUGAGAUGGCUGAGCAAUUCCACCGAGUCACUGUGCUUCAGACACACUUCUGUGACUGGCGGUGGGCCUGGCAGCAGAGGGAGAGCUUGCGUGCUCACCGCGCACGGGUGGAGGUGCUGGCCAGAAGGAUGGUGCUGCGGAGGGCCUUUACUCACUGGAAACACUAUGUGUUGCUGUGUGCAGAAGAAGCUGCCCAGUGGAAGGUGGCAGAAGAGCACUGUAGGCACAGCUUGCUGUACUUUUGCUUUAGAGCCCUAAAAGACAAUGUGACCCAUGCCCACCUCCAACGGAUAAGAAGGAAUCUUGCUCACCAGCAGCGUGACAUCAUGCUCCUGCGUAGGUUCUGGAACCUCUGGCAGUCUCGGAUUGAACAGAGGGAGGAGAGAGGGCACCUCCCUGUAUUGCGAGCUGCCUGGGACCACUACAGAAUAACAUUGCUUUGCAAAUGUAUCAAGCUGUGGUUACUGCACAUGCGGAAGAGGCGAUAUAAGCAGCUGUUACAGGCCAGAGCAGAUGGUCACUUCCAGCAGAGAGCCCUGCCCGCGGCCUUCCAGGCUUGGAGAAGACUCUGGCGAUGGCACCAGCAAGAAAGUGUCCUUAACGCAAGAGCAGCACGCUUUCACAGGGAGACGUUAGAGAAACAAGUAUUUGCUAUUUGGUGGCAGAAAAUGUUUCAGCAUCAAGAAAACCGCUUGGCAGAGAGAAUGGCCAUCCUUCAUGCAGAGCGGCAGCUUCUGCGGAGGUCUUGGUCCACGUGGCACCAGCAGGCGGCAGCACAUCGCCAGGAGCAGCAGUGGCAAGCAGUGGCCUGUGCCCACCACCGCCAGGGGAGUCUCAGGAAGGCUUUCUCCAUUUGGAGGGAGAGUGCCCGAGGGCUCAGAUCAGAGAAGAUGGGCGGGGUGCUGGCUGCAGAGUUCCAUUCAGCACGGCUCCUGCAUUGGGCCUGGAACAGGUGGAGGGAGUGCCUGGCCCUGCAGCGUGCGGAGCGACAGAAGCUGACGCAAGCAGACCUGCAUCGCCGGCACACCUUGCUGCACAGGGCGCUGCGGGCCUGGGGGAUUUACCAGAGCCAAGUGCGGAGCGUCCUACAAGAGGUGGCGGCCAGGGAGAGCCAGCACCAGAGGCAGCUGCUGCGGGAUGUGUUACAUUGCUGGAGGGAGAACACGGUGGCCUGCAUGGAUGAAGCAAAGAAAACCUCUCAAGCGAGUGCUCACUACAGAAGGAACCUGUGUUUCAAGGUCUUGGUCCAGUGGCGGCAGGCAGCAUCAGUGCAGAUAUACUACCGGCAGCAGGAGGACUGUGCCAUCAGGGAGGCCCGGAAGGUGCUGCAGAGAGGCUGUCUCAGGACCUGGUUUCAGCACUGGCGGGAACGUGGCCGGAGGGCAGCCCAGCAGAGAGCCCAGCUGGAGCGGGCGGUGCAGCAUUACGAUCAGCAGCUACUGCUUCAGGGCCUGGCCCAGUGGAAGGUCCACCAUCUGGGCUGCGUCAGGAAGAGGCUCCUGCAGAGGCAGGGCACCCAACUUCUGGCCCAGACACUCAGCCGGUCCUGCUUCCACCGGUGGAGACAACAGCUGGCGAACAGGAGGCAGGAGCAGCAGGACACAGCCCGGGCCCUGUGGUUCUGGGCCUUCUCACUGCAGGCAAAGGUGUGGGCUGCAUGGCAGAGCUUUGCGCUGGAGAGGAGGAGGAAGAAGGCACGGCUGGAGCGGGCAGUGCAGGUCUACCACCAGCAGCUCCUCCAGGAGGGCAUCACGUGCCUCUUGCGGUUUGCAGCUGGCAUGAAGGCUCUCCGGCAGCAGCUGCAUGCCCAGCAGCAGGCGCAGGCGGCCCACAGUCUCCACCGGGCAGUCCAUCGCUGUGCCAUGCUCUGGAAACAGAAGGUGCUGGGCCUAGGCAGGGAGUCUCAGCCUCCCACAUCCACCGUGCCUAGCAGGAGAGUGACAUUUAAGGGUCCCCUUCCCAACUGCAUUGCUGCUGGUGCUGGGGAUGCCGCCCUGGAGACCAAAAGGCCAGCUCCUCGUGGACCACAGGGAGCUCUGAGCAGCCUGGCCCUGGAUGCUGGGGAUCCCCAACUCCUGGAGCUCAAUGCCAUCCGCUCCGCAAGGAAGCAGCCGCGACGCCCAAACUUCUUGCUGGAGCCCUUGCAGAGCCAGAGGCCCCUGGGGUGUGGCACCUUCGGGGGGCAGGGGCCUGAGAUGCUGAGGGAGCAAGGCCUAGGCAUGUCCCAGCCAGCAGGCCCUUCCCUGACGAGGCCCUUCCUGGAAAAGGCCCACACUGGACUGGUUCCAAGCAGCUCCCUGCCCCAGCCUGGGGCCCUGCCGAGUGCCUCUGGCCUGAAGCUGUCCCCCAUGGCGAGUACAGGCCCGAAGCUGCUGCCCCCUUCCUCCUCCAUGCCCUGCGGGGUGGAUGCACCCACUAGGGCAUCCGCAUGGCUGACCUCCCCUAGCCUUAUGCCCCAGGUCCCUGACCCCCACCUGCUCCUUCCUGGGGACCUCACAGGCACCUGGCUUGGGCCUGGCUCUGAAACUGCAGGUGUGUACCUGAGGUCUAUCAGCACAUCAAGUACUUGGGCCACUCCCAGCGCCUGGGCCCCCUCCAUUCAGCCUGGACCCAGCCAGGAGAAUAGUCAAGAUCAAGCUUAUACUCCUGUUGCCACGGGCCACACCAGCCUGGAGGCUGAGCUUGAGGGCAUCCAGCGGCAAUUACAGGACUACCAGAGCAUGAAGCAGAACCUCUGGUCCUACCAGCGGCAAGCAAGCAGCCUGCGCCGGUGGCUGGAGCUAAGCAGGGAGGAGCCCAGGCCUGAGGACCAGGAAACGGAGCAGCAGGUGCAGGAAGAGCUGCAGGAGGUGGAACUACAGAUCCAGCAGCUGGCUGCAGAGCUCCAGGCCCAGCGCCAGCCCGUCAACGCCUGCAUUGCGCGCGUCCAGGCCCUGCGGCGGGCUCUGUGCUAAAGCCAUCACCCCAGGGAGGCCUUGGCCCAGCUUCAGGAACAAAAUAUAAAGCUAAAAUGAUUUUUUUUUUUUAUUUCAAAAUGUGGCAAUUACAUGAAUUACUGUUCA